AUGGAGCAUAAUAAUGAAGAAUUAAAGAAAGUUAAUCAAAUACCAUUAGAUCAUAUAGAAGAAUUAGAUGAUGAGAAUGUAAAGAAUAGGAAAGCACAUGAUAAACGAUGGUUGAUUCCUUAUUCAUUCAAGAUACAAAAAUAUUCUGCUUAUACAUUUUUAGGAUUUUUAGGUAUUCAUAUAGCAUCAACUAUAAUUAUACCAAUUAUACCAAUUGCAAAUACUUAUAAAUCAGAAAUAUUCUCAAUUGCAAAAGAGAUUUAUAAACUCCCAUUAUUUGAACCAAUUGUCAUUAUAGGAUCAAGUAUAACUCAUGUUUUAAGUGGUAUUGCCUUGCGUUAUUUGAAACCAAGAAAAAGAAGUAAUGAGAUAAUUAUAACUGAUGAUAAUGAUGAUAUUGGAUUCGGAGGAUUAAGCUCAAUAUUUGGAUUAGGUUACAAGAAAUCAUUUACUAGUAAAUUAUUCAAUAUGAGUCCAUUACAAUUCUCAGGGUAUGUGAUUAUAACGUUUGCUAUUUAUCACUACUAUAAAUUCAAGUAUAUUCCAACUUCAAUUGAAGGAGAUAAUUCAUUGAUCAAUUUGGAUUAUAUAACAUAUGUUUUAAAUGUCAAAUGGCCGAUUUUAAAUACUACCAUGCUCGGUGGUCUUGUUUGGUCAGUUGCUUAUCAUACUGUUAAUGGAUUCUUUAAGUUGAAGAAAUUAUAUUCUAAAAAUUGGAAGAGGAUAGGAUUGGCAAUAGUUAAUUUGAUUGGUAUUAGUGGUACAAUUAGUAUUUAUUUAUUCAAAAAACAAAAAGUAGAUGGUGGUGACUUUUUGGGCAAAGUGUUUAUACUGUACUUGAAUUCAUUUAGGAUAUAG